AGUACCGCAUAUAGUUUCGAGUCUUUGUUCAGUUUAAAUCUUCUGCUCUAUCAUCCCUGUGUGUUCUUGACAAUCCUCGUGUCACUUGAUUGUGGUGCAAUAGCAUGGCAGACAAUGUGGAACAAUGUCGAGCGGUCUUGCCGAGCUGUCCCGCCGACCAUUAUCGUCAUUCAACUUGUCUCUUCCACCUCGCCAACAGUCUUCGACGCAGAUUCGAGCAGCAGGGUGUUCCCUCUGACCUUGACGAGGCCAUCGAGCUUCAACGGGCUGCACUACUCAUCUGCCCCCCGGGUCACCCCCAUCGACCAACGUCUCUCAACAAUCUUGGCAUCAGCCUUUAUGACCGAUUCAAGCAACGGGGCGCCCCAUCUGACCUUGACGAAGCCAUCGAGCUUCAUCAGGCUGCACUACACCUUCGUCCCCACGGUCAUUCUGAUCGACCGUCGUCUCUCAACAAUCUUGGACUCAGCUUGUAUACCAGAUUCGUGCAGCGGGGUACCCCAUCUGACCUUGAUGAGGCCAUCGAGCUUCAACGGUCUGCACUACUCAUCUGCCCUCCCGGACAUUCUGAUCGAUCAGCAUCUCUCAACAAUAUUGCUGCCAUGCUUCAUCACAGAUUCAGACAGCUGGGCGCCCUGCCUGACCUCGAUGAGGUCAUCGAGCUUCAACGGGCUGCACUACUCAUUUGCACCCCCGGUCAUAUUCAUCGAUCAGCGUCUCUCAUCAACCUUUCCACCGGCCUGUAUACCAGAUUCGCGCAGCGGGGUACCCCAUCUGACCUUGACGAGGCCAUCGAGCUUCAACGGGCUGCACUACUCAUCUGCCCCCCGGGUCAUUCUCAUCGACCAACAUCUCUUAACAGUCUUGCCCUCAGCCUUUAUGGUAGAUUCAAUCAGCGGGGCCUCCUGUCUGACCUUGAUGAGACCAUUGAGCUACAACGGGCUGCACUACUCCUUUGUCCCCCCGGUCAUUCUAAUCGAUCAAUGUCUCUUGGCAAUCUUGGCAUUAGCCUUCGAAACAGAUUCAGGCAGCGGGGCAUCCCAUCUGAUCUUGAUGAAGCCAUUGAGCUCCAACGGGCUGCACUAUUUCUCUGCCCCCCCGGUCAUUCUCAUCGGCCAGCAUCUCUUAACAAUCUUUCUGUCAGCCUUCUUGACAGAUUUGAGCGGCGGGGCGUCUCGUCUGACCUUGAUGAGGCCAUUGAGCUUCAACGGGCUGCACUACUCAUCUACCCCCCCGGUCACCCUAAUCAAUCAGCAUCUCUCGACAAUCUUGCUAUCAGCCUUCGAAGCAGAUUCAAGCAGCGCGGCGUCCCGUCUGACCUUGAUGAGGCCAUCGAGCUACAUCGGGCCGCACUACUCCUUCGUCCCCACGGUCAUUCUGGUCGAUCAUCGUGUCUCAAUAAUCUUGCACUCAGCCUUCAUCACAGAUUCGAGCAGCAGGGCAUCCCGUCUGACCUUAAUGAGACCAUCGAGCUCCACCGGGAUGCACUACUCCUGCGUCCCCCCGGUCAUUCUGAUCGAUCUGCGUCUCUCAUCAAUCUUGCUCUCGGCCUUCGAAACAGAUUCGAUCAGCUGGGCAUCCCGUCUGACUUGGAUGAAGCAUUCAGGCUGUUUGCGCAACUCUCCUACCUAUCUCAUGCAAUAUCUCGUAGGGAUCUUACCGCUGCCAAGUCAUGGGCCACCUCUGCCGAGGAGACGAACCACGGUUCUGCAUUGCUCGCCUAUCAAACCGCAUUGAAAUUCCUAGAUCAGCAUGUCACUCUUUUGUCGUCUUCUUCACACCAUUUUGAUGUCGUGAGGACGGCCACUGCUUCGCUUGCCAUGGAUGCUUUCUCGUGCAGUAUUCGUUAUGGCGCACUGACGACUGCUGUGGAACUGGUGGAGCAAGGUCGUGCCGUAUUCCUGACCCAGUUGGCACGCUUCCGCACACCCCUUAAUGAACUUUUCAUGUCUGGUGACACCGGCGCAACCUUGGCGGAAGAGUUCACGCAGCUCAGCUUUCGCCUUCGUACCACGUUCGACCAGUCUACUGAAGACCCGUCUCCACAAAUUCGGCAAUUGACAUGCAAUGGGAAGACGUCAUCUCACGCAUCCGCAUGCUUCCCGACUUUUCUCGGUUUUCUCCUGCCCCCGCUGUUUUCUGACCUCCAGAAAUCCGCUGAAGAAGGCCCGGUCAUCGUCGUCAAUGCUAGUCAGUACAGCUGCGACGCCUUGAUUGUCUUGAGUGACCAAGAUCCUGUCCACGUUCCACUUGAUAUCGUGCAGACCGAGGUCUCCGAAUUGUCAUCCGAGUUUCAGUCCCUUUCGGAACAAUUCGGUUCUUCUAAUCAUCUACUCAAGCUUGCCAGCAUCCUCCGGAAGCUUUGGCGUAAGGUCGUUGACUCCGUGGUCCAAGCUCUUAAAGAUUCCAAAGUUCAGCCUGGCUCACGUAUUUGGUGGUGUCCCACUGCUGAGUUUACGCUGCUUCCUCUACAUGCAGCAGGACCCUACGAGAAGAAGAAAGACAAUUUAUCAGAUAUCUACAUAUCCUCUUACACCCCCACUUUGGCGACACUUGUUCGUGCGAGACAAUGUGUUUCUGGAGAUGCGUCCCCGCAACAUUUUGUUGCAAUCGGUCAAGGGGACCCGGACGGAGGGAGAGCACUCAAAUGUGUUUCUCCCGAGCUAGCCGCUGUUGCUCAGCGUCUCGGGCCCGUCGUGUCGUCCUUCACAUCGCUCGAGGACAGCGAUGCAACCAUCCAGGGUGCACUCGAUGCACUAAAUCAUAAUCAGUGGCUCCAUCUCGCCUGCCACGGACUGCCGAAUCGACAACAACCAUUUGAGUCUUCCUUUGCCAUGCGCGACGGGCCUUUAAUGAUCAAGGAUGUCAUCCGAUCUAACUGGCAGAACCCGGAGUUUGCAUUCUUAUCUGCUUGCCACACUACCGUGGGUGAUGAGAAGAGUCCCGACGAGUCGAUCCAUCUCGCUGCGGCGAUGCAGUUCUCCGGAUUUCGCAGUGUCGUAGGUUCCAUGUGGUCUGUCGACGACGAGGUUGCACAACAGGUUGUGUCCGCUUUUUACCGCAACCUGGUCAAUGAAUCAGGGAGAUUGGACUGCACACGGGCUGCGGUAGCGUUGCACAAGGCUGUGAGAUCGUUGCGCAAGAAGAUUCCACUUGAACAGCAAAUCGUAUUUGUUCACAUCGGUGUCUAAUUCGAGGCUUGGAUCGUUUCACUAUUAUUGCAUUUUCUGUGA